UUUGAAUUAAAAUAUGGUUUUAUAAAAUUUAAUAAGAGAACAACGAGUAAACUUAUUUCUUAUACAGUGAAAUAUCUUUCCUUUAAUUUCUCAACCAAUAGUAGAAGAGAAAGGAUAUCACGCGGUAUAUUAGAAUAUUUUUUAAAGAUUUUAUUUUCAGCAACUUGUUGCACAACUAUAAUUAACUGUUUAGGACAAGUAUUUGAAGUUAAUCGUACGAUACAUAUGUUAUGUUAAUGAUAAUAUAAUCUUAAUUUUCCCGCCAGAAUAAACACGACUGGUGUCGUACGUACAAUUAUAUGUUAGCUAGAACAAGCAUUUGUGGAAUAUUAACCAAACCAACAACUUAUACUAAUACGCUCAGAAUUAUUCAAAGCUAUUCUGCUGUGAUGUCGAAAUUUGAAUUACCAAGUCGUUUUAAGGGCAAUGACAAAUCUGUCUGGGUUGAAUAUAUUCAACUUGCCUUAAAAUAUAAGCCAUUAAAUUUGGGUCAAGGUUUUCCUGACUUUCACGCCCCUGAAAGUAUUACAAAAGCUUUAGCUUCUACUGCAAAUAGCCAAAAUCCUCUUCUUCAACAAUACACACGAGGUUUUGGACAUCCAAGAUUAAUCAACGCUAUUGCAAAGUUGUAUUCUAAACUCUUAAAGCGUACUUUGGAUCCAAAUAAUGAAGUUCUUGUUACUGUUGGAGCUUAUGAAGCAUUAUAUACCGCAUUGCAAGGCCAUACAAAUCCAGGUGAUGAGUGGAUUAUAAUCGAACCAUUUUAUGAUUGUUAUGUUCCAAUGGUUCGUAUUGUUGGUGGUAUUCCUAGAUUCAUACCCUUAAAACCGAAAAAUACUAAUGGUCCACUUAGUUCUGCUGAUUGGACAUUCGAUAAGAAAGAAUUGGAAAAGCUUUUCAAUGAAAAAACUAAAGGAAUUGUAAUCAAUACACCAAACAAUCCUAUUGGAAAAGUAUAUACAUUAGAUGAAUUACAAUUUAUAGCAGAUCUUGCCAAAAAGUGGAAUACUCUUGUUGUGUCGGAUGAAGUUUACGAAUGGAUUGUUUAUGGAUCCAGUCAACAUGUUAGAAUAGCAUCAUUACCUGGCAUGUAUGAGCGAACUAUUACCAUUGGAUCUGCAGGCAAAUCAUUUAGCGUUACUGGUUGGAAAAUAGGCUGGGCAUAUGGACCGGCCAAUCUAAUGCACAAUUUACAAAUUGUACACCAAAAUGUAGUUUAUACUUGCUCGACUCCAAUUCAAGAGGCCGUGGCACUUGGUUUUGAAGAAGAGAUGGAAAGAUUUGAUCAACCCAGCUGUUACUUCUUCAGUUUACCAAAAGAAUUAUUACCAAAACGAGAUUAUAUGGCCAAAUUUCUUAGCGAUGUGGGAAUGUUGCCUACUGUCCCGGAAGGUGGUUACUUUAUGAUAGCCGAUUGGACAGCUUUAGAGAAAAAGGCUAAAUUGGAAGAAGAAACGGAUGAUAAUAAAGAUUAUAGAUUUACUAAGUGGAUGACUAAAAAUGUUGGUCUUCAAGGUAUUCCUGUAUCCGCUUUCUAUUCAUCUGAACACAAACACUUAGCCGAAAACUUUGUACGAUACUGUUUUAUAAAGAAAGAUGAAAACUUGGAAAAUGCAGCCAAAAUUUUGAUGGAAUGGAAAUCAAAAUCAUGAUAACAUUAUCUCUCUUUUUUACAUUUUUUCUUUUUUUAAAUAUUGUGAAAUAUUUGGUUAUAUACUUAAUUUGUAUUUAUAUGUUUAUAUAUGCGUAAAUUGUACUUGUUAUGUAUAUUA